CUGAUGUCCCGGCGCAUUUACGGCCCCAUCUGGAAGUCGACCUUUGGGCAUUAUGAGAACAUCAACAUCGGAAGCCCGGUGGUGCUGGAGCAGCUGCUACGGCAGGAGGGCAAGUACCCCAUGCGGAGUGACAUGGAGCGGCCCCCCCUGCGCCUGCCGUAUGGACCCUUCACCGAGGAAGGGGAGCGCUGGUACCGCCUGCGCCAGGUCCUCAACAAGCGGCUGCUGAAGCCCUCGGAGGCGGUGCUGUACGCGGAUGCCAUCGGGGAGGUGGUGUCAGACCUGAUGGUGCGGCUGCGGGAGGGGGUGCUGGUGGGGGACGUGGCCAACCUGCUCUACCGCUUCGCCCUGGAAGGGAUCUCCUAUAUCCUCUUUGAGACCCGCAUCGGGUGCCUGAAGCAGCAAGUCCCCGCUGAGACCCAGCGCUUCAUUGACUCCAUCAACCUCAUGUUCAACCUCAUGUUCAAGAACUCCAUCUUUGCCACCGUCCUGCCCCGAUGGAGCCGCAAGGUACUGCCCUUCUGGGACCGCUACCUGGACAGCUGGGACACCAUCUUCGCCUUCGGCAAGACCCUGAUUGACCGGAAGAUGGAGGAGCUGGAGGGGCAGGUGGAGCGGGGCAAGGAGGUGUCCGGCUACCUGAGCUACCUGCUGGCCAGCGGCAGGCUCACCCUGGAGGAGGUCUAUGGCAGCGUGGCCGAGCUGCUGCUGGCCGGCGUGGACACGACCUCCAACACGCUGUCCUGGGCCCUGUACCACCUCUCCCGGGACCCAGGUGUCCAGGAGACCCUGUACCAGGAGCUGAAAGCGGUUGUGCCAGCCAACCGGUUUCCUGGUGCUGAGGAUAUCCCCAAGAUGCCGAUGCUUCGGGCUGUUAUCAAGGAGACACUGAGGGUCUACCCCGUGGUGCCUACCAACGCCAGGGUCUUCUAUGAGAAGGACAUUGUCAUUGGAGACUACCUCUUCCCCAAGAACACCCUCUUUGUCCUGGCACACUACGCGAUGUCCCACGAUGAGACCUACUUCCCUGAGCCCGAGCGGUUCCUGCCCCAGCGCUGGCUCCGGGGCCACGGCUCCCCCCACCACCCC